UCAGUGCCGAUAAAGUCUCAGUAACUGUUAUGUAUACUGCGUCAGGAGUCCUUGCCUUCUUCGGGUUGGGCGGUGAGGUAGUGUUGUAUCUUCAGGAGUAAAAUGAUGGAUCAGACUCCGCAGGAGGUUGACCUGGAGGCGGUGAAGGAGGCGCUACAGGGGGGCGUGCCGGUGGACGGGGUGGAGACUGAGCCGGGAGGGAGGACGCCCCUACACCAGGCUGCUAUCACUGGGAACCUCCAGCUAGUCAGACUCUUGUGUGACCAUAGGGCUGACCUCCACCUGACGAGCAACCAAGAUGAAGGGAGAACGGCGCUCCACCUGGCGGCUCGGGCUGGUCACCGUAACAUAGUGGAGCUUCUGUUGGCCAGGGGGGCGCAGGUCAAUGUACUGGAUGACCAUGGUCGGACCCCGCUACACCUGGCAGCAGAGGCCGGUCAUACCAACAUCGUGAAAUCCCUCAUUGAGUGUGAAGCUGAUGUUAACCUCAAGGACAAAAUAAGUCAGACCGUGGGUCACUACGCAGCAAGAGGCGGUCACGGGAACAUCAUAGACAUACUCCAGGACCAUGGCUGCUGCCUCACCACCCUUGAUCAAGACGAGGCCUCCCUACUCCACCUUGCUGCUGAGAGUGGUCACCUGGACACUGUUUACAGGCUGGUUAAGGUCGGACUCUCUCCUGGUGCCGUGGACAUCACUGGUUGCACUCCGGAAGACAGGGCACAGCGCAGGGGGUGGACCAACGUGGUGGCUUUCCUUCAAGACCCACAUGACGAUAAUCCUGUCUUGGAGGAACUAACACGCGUAAAUACUGAAGAUGAGACUGUUUGUCAGCGAGAACUUGUGACUCCAGAACCCUCAACACCUGCUGACAUCGAUGGUGGUGGUAGUCACACGAGUCUAAAUUCUACUGCUGGUGUAAGGUCGGGUCAAUUAGAUCCCCAAUACCCACUUCAAGUAACAAUUGGUGAUGGAGAAGGACUUAGUGUGAGGCCUGUAAGAUUUGCACUACCUGUUGAAGGUCAGCCCAGGCGUGCGCCUUUUGUUGGGGGUGUCUUUGUAUACCCUGUUGAUGUGGUGAAGGCGUCAAGACCCCCAGUGUUUGUUGAUGCUAUGGGACAGUCAGAGCCCUCACCCCCUACCUGUGACGGGGGGCAUCCAGAACCUUCAUCCCCUACCUGUGACGGGGGGCAUCCAGAACCUUCACCCCCUACCUGUGACGGGGGGCAUCCAGAACCUUCACCCCCUACCUGUGACGGGGUGCAUACAGAACCUUCAUCCCCACUGUGA